GUCCUUUCUUUGCACGGAACCAAAACGCCGAGAUAUCGUUGCAAGGGGAAACAAUGAGCUUAGGACAGAAUAUGGCGGCGCAGAGUGGUUCUUCAGAAACCAGAGAUCUUUCAGGAGAAAAAUUGAAAUCGCCGCAAGUUACUCCGCAGAAAGUUCGACAGAUAUUAGCAGAGUGUAUUGCAACGGAUAACCUUGCUCUGGAUAUUCCGGAACCUGUUGCACAACAGGACUCUGUCAAUGGAAUUGAACUUGCUGCUGGUGACAUUGUGAGCAAAGAAGCCUUUUUCAGCAGAGUGGAAUCAUAUACAUCUUUAAAAUGGGCUGGAAAACCUGCAGAACUUUCUCCACUUCAGUGUGCCAGAUAUGGAUGGAUCAACAUUGACUUUGAAAUGUUAAAAUGCUCGAGCUGUCAGGCCUUUCUUUGUGCAACUCUUCAACCUACACAAGAUAUUGCUAAAUAUAAACAAAGAAUAGAAGAACUGCAAGCUUGUUUAAAAAAGUCCCAUGAGAAAUUCUGCUUCUGGCCAGAUUGCCCAAGUCCAGAUCACUACUGGACUUUGCCUUUAAGUGAAUAUUCAGUGCUACUCAAUGGACUUGUGCAACGUUAUAAAACUUUAUGCCUUUUAGAACUGCAGCUGCCAUCCAUUAAACCUGAAGACCUUAAAAACAUGUCUAUAACUGAAGAUACUAUGAGUAUUCUUUUACACCUUAUUGAGGACAACCUGAAGGAACAAGGGACUGCACCUCUUAAAUUUUUUGCAGAGCCUCUUUCUGUACAGAUGUCAUCAUGUAUCUUGGCUCUUUGUGGUUGGACUACCAGUCAGUCUUUAGAGACAUAUAGGCUACCAGUGAUCAGUUGCUCCUUCUGCUUGAGAAAAGUAGGACUUUGGUCAUUUCAACAAAUUGAGAGUGCUGUUUCUGAAGGUGUGGAUGGUUCAGGUGUUAAUUCUUCAAAUCUGAACAAUCAAGAAGGACGAGAACGGCUGACUCCUACAUCUGCAUCACCAUGUCGGAUGGUUCUCCGUAGUCAAGACUCUGCACGGUCACAAAGUACUGAACAGGGAGACAUUGCUUCUUCACCCACGCUGUUCCGCACCAGGAGCCGUGAUUCACCUAGCCCCAUUGAUGAGACCAGUGGUCAGCUGUUCAGGACAAAGAGGCCGGUCACUCGAAGCAUGGGGCAGGGUGAAGUAGCCAACAUUGCAGCUGAAGUGCCUUCCAGUCCCCAGAGGAAAGCUAAACGUAUGAGACUCUGCUCAUCAAGCAGCUCUGAUACUCCAGCAUCCAGAAGCUUUUUUGACCCAAUCUGUCAGCACAAAGAUUGGUGCCCAUGGCUAAAAGCUGCAAAGGGAACAUCAGCUGUAGUUUCUGCUCAAGGGGAUAUGCCAUCUCUAACAAAAAACACAGAGAAACCUGAACCUGGAUGGAAGGAAGCACUCAAAGUCUUUCUAUCUAUGAAAAAAUCAGAAAGUGUGACUGAUUGCAGUUUACCUGAGGGCCUUCCUGCAAAAUCCAAGAGAGUGUUCACAAUACUCCGUCAAUGGGAUGCACCCUGUUCAAAAUAGUUUUCAUUUAAUAAAUUAAACUGUUCUUGUUUUCAAUUUGAAACUCAAGUUGUUCCUUCUUGUUUUUCUUAUUGUAUGAUUUGUUUUUACUUUUCAUUUUUCUUUUUUUCCAAAGAAAAAGAGAUUAAAUUUGAUACUAUUUAAAUGUA